AAGUGAUAUUUGUUGUUUACGUUUGAAAAAUGGUCAGCUUAGGCAAUCGAAUAGUGGUUUUGAUUGACAUGGACUGUUUUUUCUGUCAAGUCGAGACAAAAUUACGGCCAGAAUAUGCAGGAAAACCUCUGGCCGUAGUGCAGUAUAAUUUAUGGGGAUCUGGAGGAAUUAUCGCUGUUAAUUACGAGGCCAGAGAAUUUGGUGUCACUCGUCACAUGCGCAGCGAAGAAGCAAAGGAAAAGUGUCCUGAAAUCAUUUUAGCAACAGUUCCCCCAUUACGUGGAAAAGCAGAUACUUCCAGAUACAGAAGUGCUGGGCGAGAAGUCAUCGAUGUGUUGAAAAAACAUUGUAGUAUUGUAGAAAGAGCUAGUGUUGAUGAAGCUUAUUUAGAUAUAACACAAAUUGUUGAUGAAAAAUUAGCCAAGGAAAAUAUUGAAUCCAGUGAUUUGUUCACUGAAUUAAGUACCACUUACAUCGUAGGACAUUCAGAAGUUGGUGUUAAUAAUGAAGAAAAGAGAGAGGAGGGUCUCAAAACUUGGCUCUCCGAAGCAUCAGAAGAUCCUCAAAUUCAGAGAUUAGCCAUUGCUGGAUCACUUGUGGAACUUAUUAGAAAAGAUAUUUUUGAAGUAACAGGCUUCAAGUGUUCAGCAGGCAUAUCUUUCAACAAGAUUCUCGCUAAAUUGGCAUGUGGUCUUCAUAAACCCAACAGACAAACAAUUUUGCCUGCAUCUUCAGUUCCUGAUCUGUUUGGAGCAUUGCCAGUUAAACAAGUCAGGCAUCUUGGAGGAAAGUUGGGAGACAUAGUUAUAGAUUUGUUAAAAUGUAAUGUUAUGGCAGAUUUAUUACCAUUCUCCUUACAACAACUUCAGAAUAAUUUUGAUGAAAAAACAGGGCUCUGGUUGUACAAUAUAGCAAGAGGUAUAGAUAAUGAGCCUGUGACCUCAAGAUUAGUUUCAAAGUCUUUGGGAGCUUGCAAAAGAUUUCCAGGGAAGCAAGCCAUAGUAGAUAUCGAAGUGCUAAAGCACUGGCUUGGAGAAUUGUCAGCUGAAGUAUGCGAAAGACUUGAACAAGAUCAGGAUGAAAAUGAACGGAGGGCGUCGUUGUUAACAUUUAGCUAUCAUUUUUUCCAAAACAAUAUUUUAGUAUGCCAGUCCAAAUCUCUUGCCUUAACGUCGUACAAGCCCGAGAGAAUGGCAGAGCAAUGCUUAAAUAUUGUCGUAAAAGCAACGCAGUUGAAAUCCAUUGGCUUUCUUGGGCUUUCAGCAGGAAAAUUUAUUAGAGCAAGAGGAAGCGAAAGCUUUGUCAACUUUUUCAAAACGGGAGCAAGUAAUGAUAAUUCUAUCUGUACAGCAACUACAAAUACUGUCACCGAAAAUAAUGUUAUAGAAGAUUUAAAAGCAGACAAAGACGUGCAAGGGACUUAUCAAAAUGUAAAUAGUGAAAGAAGCAACGACACCGAAGCAAUUCAUAAGAGUAUUUUUGGAAAGGAAACGGAAAGUAAAAGUGUUAAGCCAGUUACUCCGGUAUCCAAACCAAAGCCAAAUCGCAGAAAAUCAUCUCCUUGUAGUAGUAUUCAAAAAUCAUUAAAAAGCGAUAACUUCAAAAAAUCAUUCUUUAUGAAAAUUCUCAAGGAGAAGCGGCCAGAAGUUGAAGUUGCUGUUGUGAAAACCGACUCUCCUGAAAGUGACCAUCAAAAUACUGAUUCACUUCAAACGUCUGGUGAGUUCAUUGAAUCGCCAGACAUGUUUGCUGAUAAUGAUGAAGAUGAUGACGAUGUAUGUUUUCUUGAAAGUCGGCCCUCUACAUCCAAAAAGCCAGAAUUUCAGAGUGUACAGUCGGAACAACAAAACUCUUGUAAUAGUGGUGGGGCAAUUGAUUUACUCAAAGAGAUGUUUCCAGAUUUAAACAAUAUAGAUGUGGAAAUCGUGAAAAUGUUACCGCCAAACUUGCAACAGGAAGCUAGAAAAUAUUUACGUGCGUCAAAGGAUACGGACAAAAGUAGUGAAGUAAAAAAAGUAGUGAAAAACAAAGAAACUAGUAGCAGUAAAAUAUCUAAAGAAAAAUCCUCGAAAUCUAAAAAUAGUAAUUUUAAACCAAAAAACAUUCAAAAAUUUUUCAUUAAAACAGACUCGCGUAACGACUCAAACGAUAAUUUUAAAAAAUGUACAGAAUGCGAUCAAUUGAUUUUGGUUGGUAAGUUUAAUGAGCAUACAGAUUAUCAUAUGGCGAUAAAUCUCCAAAGAGAAAUUAAUCAAACAAGUGUCGAUGAAAAUAGGAAAAGAAAAGGAAGUGUGGAUAGUUCAAAUCAAUUGAAAAAACGAGUGAGUGAAGAAAUCGCUACGACUUCAUGA